AUGGCUAAUUCCAAGACCGUGCUAAGUCAGGUUGAAGAUUUGCAAUUAAUCUUUGAUGAGAUUCGAGACGAGAGCAUGGUGCUGAGUGAAGCCUUCCAAGUGGGAUCUGUGAUCCACUUGUUGCCUCCAAGAUGGAAGGACUUCAAUAAUUACCUUAAGCAUAAGCGAAAAGAAAUGAACCUGGAAGACCUGGUCCAGCGACUCAAAAUUGAGGAGGGGAACAUGAAGAAAGAUGGGAAAAGUCUUGUCAUUGGUGGCGCUAAGGCCAACGUGGUGGAGCGCGAUAAAAACACCAAGAAAGCCAAGAAGGACAAGCGAAAGCUAGCCAACGUUGUUAGAGAAAACAAUCAAAUGGAGGUCGAGAUCAGCCUUUCGGCCAUGGUGACCGAGGUGAACCUCGUGGGGUCUGACCCGCCCGAGUGGUUCAUCGACACCGGUGCAACAAGGAAUUUGUGUUGCAACCGGGAGAUGUUCAGCACCUUUGAGACCAUUGAGGGCGAGAAGGUGUGGAUGGGCAACUCUGCUCAGCUGGAUAUUGCCUUUACGGUUUGUAAACUCCGUAGAUAUACGAGUAACCCCAGUGAUAUGCACUGGAAUGCAAUAACAAAAGUUAUGAGAUACUUGAGGUAUAUUCGUGACAUGGGACUGCAUUAUCGAGAUAUCCUGUUGUACUUGAAGGGCAUAGCGAUGCUAUCUGGAUAUCUGAUAUUAAGGACUCCAAGUCCAUGA